AGAAGACGAAUAGCAUACAUAAAAUACCAACCAAUCUGGACUUGACAAAAUUUACUAGCCUUUACUAGCAAAAAUAUACAUAAUAUUCUGCAUACUGGUUAGUGCAGAAAUUGGAUAUCUUAUUCUCUCUCCUCUCUCGACUCUCGAGGAGGCGAAUGUUGUGAAUUUGAGACAGGAUUGCAUCAUCGUCAUCUAACCCAAAAAGCAGCUCAUCCUCAGUGAGUGAAUUGAAUAACAAAAUCGUUCAGACUUUCAGACACAAAAACAACACAUGGUUAAAGGAAUAAAUAAUAAAGUUUGACUGGACAACUUUUUUCUAUCCGUCAUCGUGUGAGCUGAUCGCACGAAGUGUAAUUACAAUUAAAGUAAUAACAUCACACAUAAUACUCCUGGGACAGCAGUUAGUUGAAAAGGAGGAUUGGUGCUUUACAUACAUUAUUUUUGAAUGAAACUGAUAUCGUCCGUCCCCAAAAAAAGGCAGAAAAGGAUAAUUAUAAUUAGUGACUAUCUUUUUAACUUCACAUCAAACUCUAGCCCACGAAAUAUAAUAAUAAUACUAAUAAUAAAUAAAUGCUGGAAGAUAGAACAGGAUCUAAACUGCCUGCUGUGGAGAGAUGAGUCAUCCUACAUAAAUAUCGAUCUUUGUUGAAGGAAAGAAAAGGCGUUUUUGUUUAAAGGUUAAGUGUCGUUAAAUUUAAUUGAACCUUCUUCGAUUUCCAUGAAUAUUGAUAAGUAAUAUUUGCCUAUUUACUUAUUGGCUCUCCCACGGUCAACGAGCACGUAUUUAGAAUUAAAUUUUACAUUUUAACUGUUCUUUCUUUUCUUCGAAACUCGAUACGCCCAUGGGACCGUUGUUCUUAACUUGUUUUAACUCAUCACAUCAGUCAGUCCAAUACUUGACAGGAGAGUCAGUCUUAUUGGAGUCGUCAAUGUGACAGGAUCGUUUUUGUGACCAAUUUUGUUUGUCCAGCAGCAUCUACCAAGUAACCCCUGCCAGUACUUGAGCCCAGUAUAAAUACACGUUCAUAAUAACAUACAUAAUCUCUCUCUGGUGUAGUGGCGAUUAUACGCUUUUUGAUAAUAAUCUCUCUUGACGUUACUACACGCUAUAAUUAUUAUUGUCUGAUUAUACCUAAAUUGAUUAUAAAAGCGGACUCGUUCAUAAAAUUAUUAAAGAGAUAGUGAGUGAUUGGUUGGAUCUCUAUUGUUCUUCUCGUCCCGUCUGCCAGAAGAACUCCGGACUCGUCAUAAUCAUCAAUUUGCGUACUUUAUCGCAUACAUUAAGUGUGGGAGUGGGGGUUUAAUUCAUAAUUAAAGUUUGUCCUUAUGAGAGCAAUCAGUUUUCGUCGGAUGGGAGUAGAAGACUACGUGAAAUUGGUGACUUGUUCUUUGCAUCGCGGCCAUUAUUAUGGACAAUAAUAGUGUUUUUGGCUUCCAAAGGGAGACGCCCGACUCAGGAGUAGACAUGGCAGACUUUGACCUGACCAGAUUCCUCUUCGAUAACAACAAUCCUGUCGACUGGGACUCUAUUAUUGUUCCAAUGGACCACGAGACUUUACAAACUCAACAACAACCACAAGUAACACAACCGGUUUCUUCGCCAGUGAUGUUUGUCCCACAACAACAACAAAGUGGCAUUAUGACCAUCCCCCAAAAUACUUUGACGUCAGAAGCAACCAUGGCAGGGUCUCUACUCACCCAGAUCGUCCAACCAAGCGUCCCCACGAAUAACAAAGGUCUCAGUUUAUCCUCUCUGAGAACGAGUACGAAGCAAGAGUUGCACCGCAUGAAGGCAAUCGAGGAUUCGAGGCGAGAACAAGAAGUAAAAUCAUGCAACCAGCCCCCACCACAGUCUACCCCCGUGGAUUUGCCGUUAUCUUGCUCCCCUCAGACCACCAUGGUACCGAGAGAGGUCUUGCAACAGGUCAAGGAAAAGACCCGUCUUGAGAAUCCUACCCGCUAUCAUUUGUUUCAAUGCGCGAUCGAGAAGGCGACCCAGGGGGCGAUGGGAGGUGUCCAUAAAGGCGGCUCUGUUCCCCCUGCCACAUAUGCGGGCGGUUUCGUGGGAAUGGACCACUCGUCCACCAACCACCGCCUUCGCCUCAUGGAACUUCCCACGCAGCCGGGAUCUGCGCCACCGAAUGUGUACACCCGCGAGGCGCUUAGUCCCCUCGUUCUCUCAGCGAGCGGAGGAGGUGGUCCGUCCCCUCUCCCGCCACACUCCCAGUCCAUCAACAGCUCGCUCGGGACAAGCGUGACGAGCGGCUGUUCAACAGAUCUCAACGAUCCCCUCGCUACCCUGGAUGUCGACGAUGUCGUGGAUGCAACGGAACUGAAUAUGCUCACGUUGUCGGAAAUAAAUGAGUUGAUUUCACAAGAGGAGACCGACCCCGUCUUCAGCUAUUCGACCCCCUCCGCCUCAAACAACUUCAUGUCAUCCCCACAAACGCCGGGCAGCACGUCAGGCCCACAAUCGAACACGCCUAUGCAGAGUCCAGGAACGCCAGACGGCUCAUCGGGCGGGGGUCAUGUCAAAUUGAAUAAAGAUCGACAAAAGAAGGACAAUCAUAAUAAGAUUGAACGAAGACGCCGUUACCUGAUAAACGACAUGAUUAAUCUGCAAGGAUUACAACUGCCGAAACCAAACGAGCCGUAUUACGACAAAUUUGGCGACGUAAAACAAAACAAGGGCGCCAUCCUCCAAGCUAGCGUUGAUUAUAUUCAACUUUUGAAGGAUGAAAAUGACGAAUUUCGUCACAAAGAUUCAAAAACUCAGGUCAAGCUCCAACAAACGGAGCAAGAAAAAAGAAAGCUUCUCCUUCGCAUUCAGGAGUUGGAGCAAAUCUGUAUCCGAAAUGGGAUAGCUAUCCCAGAAGAAGCACUAACUUGGAGGUCACAACCAGACAAAAUCUCUAACCUGAUUAACGGACCGAUCAUAAAACAGGAGCCCAAAUUCUCCGACCUUAUGGACGAAGGGCACAUGGUAGGAGACCCGAUGCUCGGCCCUGGACCUGUUGAAGAUUUCGCACCGCUCGAAGACGUCGGGAUGGAACUUAGCUAGAGAUUUAGACAUAGAAGCACUCUUACUUCGACUACAACUACAAUAUUAUGCAUAAUAUGAUACGUGAUAUCUACAGCAAGAAAACAUAUACUUUAAAGUAACGAAUGGUGCAUAUAUAUGCAGUAAGCAUAAUACUACAUUACGCGAAGUACGCUGUGCUUAGUUUUUGACGUAGUUUAUUUUUCUGUGAAUUAUUGGAUAUCGACUUGACCUGAGUAAUUAUGGUGCAAUAUAUACGACACAAUAAUAAAACAGAAUAAGUUACUGAUAA